AUGUCAAGACAUCAAUAUGAUUUAAUUCAAUGUAUGAAACAACCAGGUAAAGAAAUAGGUAAAUUAUGUUCAAAUUGCGAUGGUCAUUGUCCAAUAUGUGAUUCAAUGGUAAAACCAUAUGAAAAAGUUCAUAUAUGUUCACAAUGUUAUCAACAAACCAAUUUAAAUAAUAAGUGUUUAAUAUGUGGUAAUAAUACCAACAAUAGCCAAAAUGAUGGUGGUAAUGGAGAAAAUAUUGAUGCUUAUUAUUGUUUUGAAUGUUGUAAAUUAGAUAAGAAUAGAGAAGGUUGUCCAAGAAUUAUUAAUGUUGGGGGGAAUAAAAUUGAUUAUAUUUAUCUGAAAAAGCAAAAUCAAUCAUCUAGUAAAUCCUUGGAGAAUAUAUGA